AUGAUCGCAAAGAUGGAAGGAGCUAAUGGACAUGCGGAGUCUGGUGGAGAUGUACCAGUCUACGCAAUCGACAAUGUACCCAUUACCCAAGAAAGGAAACCAUACAUCCAAGGGAAGAAGUCAAACCUACCACACGCAGCGGUCGCACGUGCAAACCUCGCCCCGUCAGAGGAGACACCUCAAGGCAGCACGCAAGACGACUGGGCAAAGAAGCACUCGCACCAAACCGUACUGCAACAACACUGCGACUUCUUUGACCGCGACCACGAUGGUAUCCUCUGGCCGCAAGACACUUUCGUCGGCUUCUACCGCCUAGGUUGCGGACUCUUCUUCUCCGCCUUUGCCGUAUUGGUCAUCCACAUCAACUUCUCCUAUCCCACGUGCUCGGGAUGGCUUCCGGACCCCUACUUCCGUCUCUUUCUAAACAACGUGCAUAGAGCGCGGCACGGUAGUGAUACAGGCACGUAUGACACCGAGGGGCGGUUUAUACCGUCGAAAUUCGAAGAGAUUUUCACCAAGUACGCGGAGGGACGGGAUUAUCUGACCGUGGGUGAUCUGGUAGACGUAUUGAAGGGGCAGAGAAAUAUCAACGAUCCUAUCGGGAUGUGUGGAUUUAUCUUUGAGUGGACUGCAACGUAUUUGACGCUCUGGCCCGAAGACGGUCGGAUGAUGAAGGAGGAUAUUCGCGCCGUAUACGAUGGCAGUAUUUUCCAGAGGAUCGCCGAUAAGCGCGAGAGAAAGAUGGAGAUGCAGAAGAAGAAGAAGAGCCAAUGA